AAAUUUCAUUGCAGUAUUUUAUCAAAAUUCUUUCUUUUCUAUUGAGGAGAACAAUGUUUUCCAUUUGAAAUUCGAACAUUAAAAGUUAAAUUGAUAUAAAAUUGUGAUAAUUCGGAAUAAUGUUAAUCGAACGACCCUACGGUCCGCAUUGUACCAAUGAUUCGGUUCCAAAAGCGGAAGCACGAACAUCGGAUGUACGGUACCUAGGAUGGAAUGUACCUCCCGAAGAAUUGCAAUACAUUCCAGAACAUUGGCUCACUCACCCGGAGCCCGAGUACUCGAUGCAUUAUCUUCUUGCUCUUCUUUACUCGUUCUUAAUGGUUGCUUCAGUCUGUGGAAAUGGUCUUGUAAUUUUUAUUUUUUCAACAGCUAAAACUUUGAGAACUCCGUCAAAUCUAUUUGUUCUCAAUUUGGCGGUUUUCGAUUUGAUAAUGAUGCUGAAAGCUCCCAUAUUCAUCUAUAAUUCUGUACAUCAUGGAUUUGCUUUGGGAAAUACAUUUUGUCAGUUGUUUGCAUCAGUUGGUUCGUAUUCGGGAAUAGGAGCUGGCAUGACAAACGCUUUCAUCGGUUGGGAUCGUUUUAAUGUGAUUGCCAAACCUAUGGGUGGAGGAUUGACAUUUACCAAAGCUCUAAUUUGUAACAUAUUGAUUUGGGUCUAUUGCACGCCAUGGGUUGUUUUCCCACUUACACAAAGUUGGGGUAGAUUUGUUCCAGAGGGCUAUUUAACAUCGUGUUCUUUUGAUUAUCUUACGGAUAACUUUGAUACACGUCUCUUUGUUGGAACCAUAUUUUUCUGCAGCUUCUGCAUGCCAACCGCUAUGAUUCUCUACUACUACAGCCAGAUUGUUGGACAUGUUUUCAGCCAUGAAAAACAAUUGCGCGAACAAGCCAAGAAGAUGAACGUUGAGUCACUUCGAUCGAAUGUCGACAAAAAUAAAGAUACAGCUGAAAUACGAAUUGCUAAAGCGGCAAUUACCAUAUGUUUCUUGUUCUUUGUUUCAUGGACACCGUAUGGGGUAAUGUCUCUAAUCGGAGCAUUUGGAGACAAGAGCCUUCUAACACCUGGAGUUACAAUGAUACCAGCCUGCACAUGCAAAAUGGUUGCUUGUAUUGAUCCAUAUGUAUAUGCAAUAAGUCAUCCAAAAUACAGGUUGGAAUUGCAAAAACGCCUUCCAUGGUUGGCCAUUAACGAAAAGGGCCCAGAGACGGCUAGUGCUGCAUCGACAGGAACAACACAAGAAAACCAAACAACGACAGCGUAAAUAAAGUUGUUUAAUUUUUUUAUUGCAUUCUUCGAGUAUUAAGUAUUAUAGAAGUUGUUAUAAAUAAGUGUAGUUUUUUAAUAUAAAUCUAAGCUAUUGGAUUGAAAUGUUGAUGAACUUGGCUUAAUCUAUACGACACUGAUCUCAAUGACGAAUCUGGCUAACGUACCUGACCGAAAAGAUAUAUCUGAAUUUUGUAACUACUAAGCAUGUUUGCGACGAGAUAUAAAGCAUGUUUGUGUUAACUAAACUUACUGUUAUUUAUUAUUUGUAGUGUUUUUGUUUUGAAGAAUAUAGAUAAUUUUUUGCAAACUAUUAAA